AUGGAAAGAAAGAUUAGAGAAAAGCUUAAAUCUGGAUGUAUAGUUAAAGAAAAUGUACUAAAAAUAUCAGAAAGUGAAGUUUUUAAGGAACUUGCUAAGCAAACAAGUCUGAGAGUAGAAAGUAUGAAUACUUCAUCAUUGGAAAAAUAAGGAUGAAUCCAUUAUUAAAAAGAGACCUACAAAGGUGACGAAACCUAAGAAAUCGAUCUGAGCAAUCAAUAGAAAGGGACAUCUUAUUGACAAUUUGAAAGUAGAAGCUUCCGGAAUGCUGAGCCCUAAUCCUCGCCUACAACCAGAUUCAGCUUCUAAAAAAUCAAAACUUUGGAGCAAAGUAAAGCAAGUUAGAAUGAAUUCAUUAAGAAGGCCAAGAAAAAGCAAGAAUCAUUCAAAACCAAAGAAUAAAACUUUUGAAAAUCUUGAAGAAGAGAACAUUCAUAAAUAAAAUGAAAUAUUUUUAUGGUCCUUAUGACUCAAGAAGAUGCGAAAAUUUUGGACUUUUGAAAGAUUUCGAGUCAAAUAUGAAAUUUGAAGAUAGUCCUGAUAAUACAGGUGCUUGGAAGAAUUUGGGCGAUUGUAUUCUAGAUUCCAAAGAGCAACUGUAUUAUAGAAUUAUCAGAUUCCUGAAGAAAAAGAACAAAAGAGUCAUUAGACAUAAUAAGACUAAACCUCAAAAGAAUGUUAAUGAUAAAUAAGAAGAGUAUCAAAAUGAUAAAGAGGAAGAGUAAUUAAAGUAUGGAAACCAAUAAGGGCAAGCAGCAAAAAUAGUCAUGGAAUAUCAUUUCCUAUAUCUAAUAAGCCUAUUGCUGAUAUGAGAGAAGAUUCAGAUGGAUCAAAAUCAAUUGAAAGACCAAUUGAAAUAGUUGAGAAAAAUGAAGAUCUUAGAACAAGAGAAAUUAUUAGGGAUAGCAUUUUCUCAAUAAAUUCUGUAUCUAGCAGAGAUAUUAGAAAUGACCAUCAUAAAUCUAUCUCUUCAAAAAGCGAUGAAGAAGUUCCUUUGAUCAAACUGAUCUCUCCUAAUGAUAACAAAGACAAUCUUGAAAGAGAUAUAUUACUGGAUGAAAUAGAAGAACUAUUUGAUAAAAAUCAUAGCUGGAGUUCUCACAGUAAUUCUCUUUCGUCUAAGUCCCAAUCAUCCAAGUUAGCUAAAAAGAUUAGCUUGAAAUAAAAGGCGAUCGAACAGGAACAAAAAGAACUUUACCCAAAAGAAAAGCAUUCUUCGAACACAAAAAACCAAAAAGUUCAAGAAAUCGAAGAUGCUGAAGACUAAUACCAUCAUUGAACUUCUCUCAAAACCCGCAAUUGAGCAAAACCCAAUAUCAUUGAAGCGAAUUACUCUUGAUUAUUAUGGAAUCCAAAAACACACCUUUGGAAAAAGUUUGCUAGGAGAAAAACUUAAAGGUAUUAGUGAGGAAGUUAGCAAAGAAAGCUCAAUUGAUGAAACGGAUGAAAUUCAAAACAAUGAAUCUUCAAGAUUUUCGAAAGCUACUCUUCCUUCUCAUUUGACGACUUUACAGUAUCCGAGGACUGUCGGAAGUCCUCCAAUUAGAUCUCAUCUAUUACAAAGUAGAAUACCUGGGGCUCCUAAAGAGCCAAAAAUUUCAUCUCCUCUUCCUUCAAUUCCUGUGGCAACCAAACCGAGCCAAAUAAAUCAACAACAACACACACAAAACAAAUUUUGAAAAUUUAAAAAUUCAAGAGGAUCAAUAAUAUCAUCAAAUUCUAAUGAAAGCCCAGAUACUUCACAAUUCACCAAAUACACUCCUAUUCUAUCUCCAACUUCAUUAAUCUCUCUAAACCCUGUCUUGUCAACAAAGUCCAUCUCCAGGCUAUCAAAAGUCAGCAAUGUAGCUAAAUAAACAAAGCUCCAAUAAUCUAAUCAAGACAGGCCAGAUUGCUGACACGAGCAAAAGCACAAAGAAGGAAGACGAUAAAGCUAAAGAUAAAAUGACUGAGUCUAGAGUCAGGAUAAUGAAGCAAGAGCUAGACCAAACCUCUCCUGUUAGAAUGGAUGAUAGAGUUAGACAUAAAGGAAAGGGGUUUGAUAUUGCAAAAUGAAGAAUUGGUAGAUCAAAAGAAACUUAUAUUAGAAGUAUAAAAGAUAAAGUUUUGGCUUUUAAAGAUCAAAACUCAAUGCAAGAGACAAUAAAAUAACAAGAAAGACUUUCUUGAAAAAUUUAUUGUUGAGAAAGAAAUUCAUAAACAGUCUUCUUUUGUAAGGAAAGCAUAUAAAAGAAAUACCCCAAAGAUUUUAUUUCCUAGAAAAUCAAAAGGUCCCAAAAAGAAUAGAUUUUUAUCUCCAAAAGUUUGGAAUGACUGGUUAAUCGAUCAGAAUUGCCAGAGAAAUCAAGUCCAGAGUGUCCAACUAUCCCCAAAAGAGCUUUUAAGUCUUGAUGAAUUGUCAUGUAGCCACGAAGAAGCUAUAAUGAAAAAUAUUAUUAGCCAUCAAAAAGAUGGAAUUAAAAAGAGAAGCAUAUUUACCCCACCAAAUGUCCGUUUGUAUUCUCCAAAAGUAUCAAUAAACUCAGUGUUUUCCAAUCCAAAUUCGGGCUCAUUCUUCUCUCCCAAAAACUCAAUGAAACUAUUCAAAUUCUCAAAAUCAAAAACCAACAAGAGAUGACCACAAAGAGCAUUUUCUGCUUCGAAACAUUCAGUGAACCCAGGAUCUGUAUGACUGACCCAAAAUUCAAUUCUGUUCUUAUAAUAACUGCU